AUGGAAUAUUUACUUUACGGAAUAAGUCUGCCACACAGACUAGCGAACAAUGUUCAAAAAGAUUUAGUGUUCAAGCAAUUCUUCAUCUAGCUGUUAUCAUCAAUUGCAGUCACAGUAGCAACUGCUACAUAUUUAUGGGGUUAUGAAACUGAGAACAAGUGCGAGGCACCUUUCGAUGGAGCUGACUGGAAUCGCAGAUCAGAAUAUAUUGAUGUCGCAAAAAGAUUCAGAGAUAUCUUAAAGAUUUGGUUCGUAUUUGGAUUGAUAGACUGCCUUAGAUGUGGUUUAGUUUUUGCUUACAUUCUAUAUGACAAAGCAAUAUAUGCCAUCGGAUAUCAUGUUUUAACCUUGAAUGACAUUUUGGGACUAGCAGCAGUGCUUAUCUUGCAUGUCUACAGGUUUCAAUUUACUGGCAAAUGGUGCUCAGGAGACUUUCUACCUGAAUCCAAGGCAACUGAAGGCUUCCUAGUUGAAAGAGGCAAAUUUCUAGUUGGUUUAGUCAUUUAUGUUUGGGUUGGAGGAUUUGUGAUGGCAUGUGUAUACAGCUGUGUGAUGGUAGCUGCAUAUAGAAGAUAUGCUGAUAAAUAAAAUGCUUCGCAAAUUCAAUACAAGGUCUGA